AAACGUAAAGCCAUUUUUUAAAAACGAAACCCACUGUGAUGCUUUUGCAUUGAAAGUGUAGCGAGAAGUAGCAUCCGCUAACACCUCUGCUAACUUUGCCUUCUGAUUCGAGUCAACGGACAGUUUUCUGUUGGACCCAAACAAAAGUUCUUUCCGUCAUCAUAAUACAGUCCGCCGCUAUCUGCAUGAAUUGACGCUGAGAUUCUACUUCGACUGAAUUAGGAGGUAAAUGAGAAAAGACCAAAAAUAGCAAGAAAGUAGAGCCGCCCUUUUCCAUUUUUUUUUUUUUUUUGCUAGUGUUCUUUAGCAUUAGCCCGACGCCACAGCCGCCUCUCGAGAGCACAGCCAGCCAUGUGCAGCUGUGUACGGAGCUCCAGGGCUCUGUCCCCUGCUCUGCUCCCCAGGCUGUUGGUACCUCACACGGCAGGUUAUGCAUUGGCUGGCAGAGGCCUGUGGACUUCCACAAACUCCAUGCAGGUUGUGAGCGGCGAUUCUUCUCAGCCACUACCACUCCCUAGUCAGGCCCGUGUGGUCAUCUGCGGUGGGGGCAUCGUGGGGACUUCGGUGGCGUAUCACUUGGCUAAACUGGGCUGGACUGAUAUUGUUCUCCUGGAGCAGGGCAGACUAGGAGCGGGAACCACGAAACUGUGUGCCGGCAUUGUCAGUGUGGCCAAGCCCAUCUCCAUUGAGUGCAAAAUGGCGGACUACUCCAACGCUCUGUACCAGCAGCUCGAGCAGGAGACUGGCGUCAAGACUGGCUACGUGAAGACAGGGUCUCUGUGUCUUGCUCAGAAUCAGGACCGCUUCAUUUCACUGAAGCGCCUCGCGUCAAGACUCAAGGUGAUGGGGAUCAGCUGUAACAUUGUGAAACCCAAAGAUGUGGCCAAGCUCCACCCCUUGGUGAACAUUCACGACCUAGUGGGAGCGCUUCACUUGCCCUCGGACGCCGUGGUGUCACCCCCGGAUGUCAAUCACGCCAUGGCUGUGGCAGCAGCGGGAAGAGGAGUUCAGAUCCUGGAGAGGACCAGUGUUCAACAGGUUCUAGUAGAGAAGGGGCAUGUGAUGGCAGUGGAGACAGACCGUGGCUCGAUUGAGUGUGAAUAUUUCGUCAACUGUGCUGGACAGUGGGCAUAUGAGCUGGGCCAGGCAAGUGAAACCAAAGUCUCUGUCCCUCUGCAUGGCUGCGAACACUUCUACCUCCUCACCAAACCUCUCCCGGGGGACCUCCCAGCAGAUACACCAGUGGUGCUCGACAUGGACGGGAGGAUAUACGCUCGACCGUGGCAGGGGGGCCUUCUGUCGGGGGGCUUUGAGAAGAACCCCAAGCCCAUCUUUACAGAGGGACGCAACCAACUUGAAAUUCAGAACAUGCAGGAGGACUGGGACCACUUUGAGCCAAUGCUCAGUGCUCUGCUGAGGAGAAUGCCCAGUCUAGAGUCGGCUGAGAUCCAUCAGUUGGUCAACUGCCCAGAGUCGUUCACGCCGGACAUGCGCUGUCUGAUGGGUGAGACGCCGGGUGUCUCAGGCUACUACGUGUUGGCCGGCAUGAACUCUUCGGGUCUGGCCUUCGCCGGAGGAGGUGGCAAGUAUCUGGCUGAGUGGAUAACCUAUGGCUACCCCAGUGCCAAUGUGUGGCCGCUGGACAUCAAGCGCUUUGGCAACUUGCAGAGCAGCCGUACCUUCCUGCGACAUCGCGUCAUGGAAGUCAUGCCACUGCUGUACGAGUUAAAAGUUCCACGCUGGGACUUCCAGACGGGUCGGCAGCUUAGGACAAGUCCACUCUACGACCGACUGGACACGCAGGGAGCUCGCUGGAUGGAGAAACAUGGUUUUGAGAGGCCCAAAUACUUUGUUCCUCCGGGCAAAGAUCUACUGUCUUUGGACCAGAGCAAGACCUUCUACAAGCCAGACUGGUUUGACAUUGUCGGGGCAGAGGUGAAGUGCUGUAAGGAGGCAGUCUGCGUCAUUGAUAUGUCAUCCUUCACCAAGUUUGAACUCACUUCCUCAGGUGACGAGGCCCUAGAGCUGCUACAGCACUUAUGCGCCAAUGACCUGGACGUUCCAGUUGGACACAUUGUCCAUACGGGCAUGCUAAACCAACAAGGAGGCUAUGAGAACGACUGCAGCGUGGUGCGUCUCAGCAAAAACAGCUUCUUCAUCAUCUCACCGACAGACCAACAAGUCCACUGUUGGUCUUGGAUCAAGAAACACAUGCCCAGUGACCCACACCUCCACCUAGAGGACGUCAGCUGGAAGUACACUGCUUUAAAUCUAAUCGGACCUCGUGCUAUGGAUGUUCUGGCAGAGCUGUCAUACGUUUCUAUGACACCCGACCACUUUCCCUCCAUGUUCUGUAAGGAGAUGAGUGUGGGCUACGCUAACGGCAUCCGAGUGAUGAGCAUGACCCACACGGGCGAACCGGGUUUCAUGCUGUACAUCCCCAUCGAGUACGCGCUGCACGUAUACAAUGAGGUGAUGUCGGUUGGUCAGAAGUACGGCAUCCGCAACGCUGGUUAUUACGCACUGCGCAGUCUGCGCAUUGAGAAGUUUUUCGCCUUCUGGGGACAAGACCUGGACGCCUUCACCACGCCGCUCGAGUGUGGACGCGAGUUCCGCGUCAAAUUUGAUAAGGAUACAGACUUCAUGGGUCGCGCGGCUCUGCUGCAGCAGCGUCAUGACGGCGUGUCUCGCCGCUUCGUAAUGUUGGUCCUGGACGACCAUGACACGGAGCUGGACCUGUGGCCCUGGUGGGGUGAGCCCAUCUACUGCAACGGGCAUCUGGCUGGCGCCACCACCAGCAGCGCCUACAGCUACACCCUGGAGAAACACGUGUGCCUCGGGUUCGUGUCGCCGCCCCCAGGACCCGACGGCCUGCCCGCUGUCAUCACCCCAGACUUCAUCAACCGAGGGGACUACGAGGUAGAUGUGGCUGGACAGAGAUACCCGGCCAAGGCCAAGCUCUACCCCUUCAGCUCCAUCGUGAGCCAGCAGCACCGCAGACGCAAAGACGACCUAGAGCUCAGCAACCUUCAGGGCGAGUGACUGCGCCGUAUCACUCAUGAUGCUUCAGUGAAAUACUCAAGUCAGCCAUUUUCUUCAUCGGUCUGGAGUCAAAAAGUGCCUUGAUGGAGGCCACAUCAGCUUCAUCAUCUUCAGACGUUGGUCCUCCAAAGUAGGAGACUUGUGGGUCCUGGGUAGUCGAUGACAUGAAGGUUGUCCACAAUUGAAGGCGGGUAAGUUGUCCACAGAAGAUGAAAAGUCUGCUGCUGCUUCCUGUCUUAAUGCCCUGGUGAGUUCUGGUUUGCACCACAUGACCAGAUUAUUCAUUUUAAAACUUGCAUGUUAUGUUAAAAGAAACAGUUUUAAAAAUGUAAAAAAAAUAGCUGGUAUAUUACAAGAAUAGAGUUGAAAUGUGAUGCUAUGAGAAAAAAAGUUGGCUUUUUUUGACAGUUAAGUUGAAAAGUUGUCGUUUGUCUGGGGAAAAAAAGUCAUGUUAAAACGUUUCUUUGAGAAAUAAAAGUUGUAAUUUGGAAAAAUUACGUUGUAAUUUUCUAAAGAAACGUCAAUAAUAUCCAUUUUCUUUGAAAAAUUACCAAUGUGAAUGCUUCAACAAUGUAAUAUUAAGAGAGAAAAGUUGUAAUUUAAUGUGAAAAAGUUCACGUUUCACAGAAUAAUGUUGGACUCAGCUUUAUCGGAUCUGAGUCAGGAGAUCUCAAGAGUCCUACUUGUUUUACAUCCCAUGAGCACGUCUUUAAUGUAUUCAGGACCUAAAGCAUUUACUGAUUUAUAUCUUAGUGUUAAAUUUUAACUCUACCCUAGAGCUGACUGAGGGUCCAAGAACUGACCCUUGAGAGACCCCAUGUGUCAUUGCCAUUCGAUAAUAUUGAACAUUUGUACUGGUUAUAAAAUUUCCUCUCAGGUAAGACCUUAACCAUUUGACUGUUCCAUUUAGUCCUCCCUGUGUUACUUACUAUCCUGUUCAACAGUAUGUUCUGAUCGUCCAUCAAUUUUCCAAGCUGCUUACAAGGGUUGCACGAAUCCCGGAGCCCAUCCCAGCUCAUUUUGGGCAGAAAGGUUAAAUCAUUAAGUACUUUGAUAAGAGAUUAUUCUGUACUGUAAUAAGUAUAGAAACCUCAUUGAAAUCUGUCCAAAAGUCAAAUAAGUUAUUGAGUGUCAGGACACCAUCUCGUUAGUGAAAUAGCACUUUUGUGUUAUUCUCCCUGCAAAAGCAUUUUACACCAUUAAUAAUUAAUAAGUGGCUGACAUUUUUCCUUGGAUGAUUUAGUGUCAUACCUUUCAUCUGUGCUGUGAGAUGAGCAUUCUUCCAGUGAUUGAGGGUCUUGUAGUGGCGCAAAUCUGUAAUUUGGAUAUUGAAAGUUAUUCAUGUAAAAUGUCAAGCAUUUUUUUUGUAGUCUUCCAUCUGAUCGAGUGUGGCCCUCAUAUCUUGUACGCAAAAAGGGUUAAAAAAGAAAAUUACCUGUAGUCCAGAUUUAUUUUAUUUCCGAGGACUUCCUCAGUGUCAUCUGUGUGAAACCGUUCCGCUGUACAAUGUGUUCCAUAGCAUCAUUUUUAUGCACUUUAUAUCAGACAUUAACGAG